AUGCCGGGCCUGUCGGCUGAGGCACCUCUAUCAGUCCUACCGAACAGCACCAAUUCAUCUUUUGACCUUUCCCGCAAGUCCAACGAUAAGACAAUCUCAGGAGUGUUCGCAUACACCAAUGGCACAGACGUUGAGACGGGCUUGCCAGGCCACAGACUGGAGCAGAUCAAGAAUCUGAGGAGCGGAAGUCAAAACUCUCUGAUGAACGGAAACUUGAAGCCUGGGAAAGAUAGACCACCGUCUUUGACCAGCAGCAACCCAUCCACUAAAACACCCAGAGCUAGCGAGCAGUUUGGCAGGUACAGCACAUCGCCCGAACAGGUCUCCAGACUGUCCAAUGUUGAGAAUGCAGCUGAGCCACAACGAAUGAAGGGCACAUUACAUACUCCUGCUCCCGAGCUUUCGACACGAACUCAGAGUCUGGCCACACAGAAUGACUCUGAGUUGGAUGAUGGUGAGGCCUCAUCCUUUCGCUCCCACGCUCGCACGUCUACACAGCUGUCAUCCCAACCACCCAUCAUGACCCCGAUCCCUUCAGCGGAGGAACCACAGCUAGAACCUUCGAAACUUCCAGACUCUCAGAGAUUGACUCAGAGGCACACUUUGAACAUCCCACAGGUCGCUCCAACUGCAGCCCGCCCUUCAAGAGACUUUUCAUAUACCUCCGGUCCCUCGGAAGAGGUCCUGGCGAGUUCUGGACGCUUCUCUCCUACACGAGACCACGAUGGCAAUACUGUUCGCAGACGUAGAGCAUCACUAGGCAUGGUGAGGAGGACCACGCGCGGUGCCUCUGACGCACACUUAGACGAAGUGCCACCAGAUGAGGAUGCAGCACGGUGGACUGAAGCCAUCAAACAGAAGCGUGCCAGUCGUCGCAAACGUCAAGAGGAGGACGAUGACAGGGUGAUAGUCGGCAAGAGAGUUGAGGAAGGUCAUAUGAAUUGGGUGACCGCUUACAAUAUGUUAACUGGUAUCCGAUUUACUGUUUCUCGCACGAAUGCAAAGAUGGACCGCGAUCUUACCGACGCCGACUUUGGCACUCAGCACAAGAUGAGUUUUGAUGUUACAGGCAGUGAACUGACACCGAGUGCAAAGUACGACUUCAAAUUCAAGGACUAUAGUCCUUGGGUCUUCCGACAUCUGCGCGCUAUCUUUGGCCUGGACCCGGCGGACUAUCUUAUGAGUUUGACGAGUAAGUACAUCUUGUCAGAGCUCGGAAGUCCUGGGAAAUCAGGUUCGUUCUUCUACUUUUCGAGGGACUACAAGUAUAUCAUCAAAACAAUACAUCAUGCCGAGCACAAGCUAUUACGAAAGAUCCUGAAAGACUAUUAUCAACACGUCCGCGAUAAUCCGAAUACCCUGAUCAGUCAAUUCUAUGGUCUGCAUCGCGUGAAAGUCGCCUACGGUCGCAAAAUUCAUUUUGUGGUGAUGAACAACCUCUUCCCGCCACAUCGAGAUAUCCACCAGACUUACGACCUGAAAGGUUCAACCGUUGGUCGGGAUCUGAAAGAAGAGACUUUGGAGACAAAUCCUCGAGCAACCCUUAAGGACUUGAACUGGCUUCGUCGAGAUAUGCAUCUAGAAUUUGAUCAACGCUUACGCGAGAUAUUUAUCGAGCAACUACAGCGAGAUGUCAGGCUAUUGCAGAGACUAAAAAUUAUGGAUUAUUCUCUCCUGGUCGGCAUUCACGACCUAGAAACUGGCAACGAUGCAAAUGUGCGCGAGAAAACUCUGAAGGUCUUCCAGCCUGGAGGUGAGAAAGAUACGGAAGACUUGCCUGCUCACUUGAUGCGAACUCCUAGUAGGUUAGAAAAUGCUAGAAAAGCGAAGGAGCUGCGAGAGACACUCAAGAAAGAGAAACCAAUGCCGAUGGGCUUGACGGCGGCCAAGAUGCCGGAGUAUCUGUCUGCUGGUGAUCAAAGGCACAAUCGAAUCUUUUACAGCGACGAUGGUGGCAUCCGCGCGACACAUGAAGAUGGACGCCCAGGAGAAACAGUCUAUUAUCUUGGUGUCAUAGACUGCCUAACUCAUUACGGCUUUAUCAAACGUGGAGAACAUUUCUGGAAAGGUCUCAAAGACAAUCGACACCAAAUCAGCCCUAUCCCUCCACAACCUUAUGGAGAGCGUUUCUUGAAUUUUAUGACAGGCAUUAUGACGACUAAGGAGGAAGCUGAAAGACGUGCUGAGCAACAAGGUCACCAAUCCACAGAGAUCGACGCACAUAACGUCCUACACCACCAUCAUAUUCCACCAGGACACAGAUCCCGAGCACAUUCAAAUGUAGACGGUCAGGUCGAUCACUCUUUUACACCACACAGUCCGCGGAACAAUGUGGAAGUGGAGAAAACGCUGGAAGCUGCGGAGAAGUCGGCCGACAAACAGACAGAUGACCGGAAAGGACGGUUAGCGAGUGAAGCAGAAAAGCCGGAUCGGACGCUGCUGACUGCCGAGAGUGCAACAAGGGCGGGCACAAUGUUGCCUGUUGUUACUGAAGAUAAGGAAGGAAGUAGUCGGCAAGCGAGCCAGCAAAGCUCGGUGCAUGAGGAUGAAGCAAGAGGAGAGCGAACGACACACUCGACACCUCGUAUGCAUGAGGAUGAGUCACAGAACGGACGCACAGUCGAGUACACUGUUACUAGCGAAGAUGAUGACAGCAAGCCAUCACAACAAAUUGUCACACCUUUAGACUCAACGGAGCAGCCACAGCUAGAACCCAAUAUUGAAAACGACACGACCGAGAACUCGAAUACUGCGCCACUGACCAAGAUCCCAUCAAGGCCUCCCCGAAUAGAAAGCGGCAUAGUACCGACACUCGACAGAGACCCAUUGGUGAUGGAUGAGGAAGUUGGGCUUGCCCGGUGA